AUGAUUGGAGUUCUUAAAACUUUGUUCGUAACAGUAUGUGCUUGUUUAUAUGGAGUUGAAAGCACAACAAGACAGGAUAUACAAGACUUGCACGACAAACUGUUACCAACUUAUAACAAAGAUCUCGGACCGAACUUCAACCAAUCUCAGCCAAUUGUCCUGUAUAUAACGUUCAACUUGUUCACACUCAACGAGUUUGAUGAUAAAGCCGGGAAACUUGUAUUUCUAGGUGUUUCAACUAUUCAAUGGCAGGAUGACAGAAUGGUCUGGGAUCCUCUUCUACACGGGAAUACAACUUCACUAAUGAUACCACAGUCUAAGGUGUGGAUACCAAAUCUUUUUGUUGCAAAACCAUACGAUAAUGUGAAAAAAGUCGGGAAUGAUAUCGUACAAAUAACAUACACUCCUGACGGGUGGGCCUCUUGGUCAGUCCCAGACUUAUUCGAGGUGUCGUGCACAGCAAACGUAGCUUACUACCCUUUCGAUCGACAAAGUUGCCAAAUAUAUAUUAUCCCAUGGGCUUAUGGUGUGGGUAUGUUUGAUUUCAGACUUCCACUUGACAGCAUGACACAACUGGACUUCAUAGAAAAUGGAAUAUGGAAGGUUCUCUCAACCAAACUGUUUGUAGAGAACCACGAGGAAGGCGAUAUCGUGGUGAUGGAAAUAAAAUUUCAAAGACGUCCUCUAUUUGUAAUUUUGAAUCUUCUCCUGCCAAUAGUGGUAGUUGGUGUACUGAAUGUGUUUGUUUUCUUGCUUCCCCCUGAGCCGGGAGAGAGGAGUGCCUUUGGAAUGACGGUGUUGUUGGCCAUGGCGGUGUUCUUGUCAAUUGUGUCCGACAAACUGCCCAGCACAUCGGAACCACACAUUGCUCGUGUGACCUUAUACAUUCUUGCAGAACUAAUUAUUAGUGGCCUCAUCAUGGUAUUCACUAUUUUUUCUCUGGUGUUGUACAGUAAAAAAGAUGAUAGACCCAUUCCUGGAUGUAUUAAACGUUUUGUAUUAAUGUGUACUAAAAGACAGAGAAAGUUGAAAAAACAUACACCUGAUCGACGGAAUGAACAGACCACUGAGGAACAAAACAAAACGGCACAGCGAGACUGGCCUUUCGAAAACGAUCGACAUCGCUAUGAUUACAUGGAUUUAUAUGAUAAAUACCGAGGGUACCCCAAUGGAAAUGCCGAACGAAGACAACGUGGUCAUUUGCCUCAGAUGUAUAACCAAAACAACAGAGAUAAUCGACAGACACCUCCAGAAAGUCCAGUGGUAAUAGCGACAGAGGACACUAGCACCAAUGUCACAUGGACUGAUGUGGCCAAGUGUUUCGACAAUGUCUGUUUGGCAUUGUUUAUAUUUCUUAAUCUUUGUCUACUUGUAGUUGAAACCAUAGACUCUGCGAGUUAUCUCAAUAACGAUUUUUAA